AAAUGACAUAUUACUGGUCAGAAAACUAGUAUAAUGGCAAAAAACUCAUUAGAAAUUUAACCUUCGACAGGUUUUUGUUUCUAUAAAAGCUUUUUUAUGUCUGAUUGUGGCAGAUUGUGGAAGAGUGCUCAAAAUGAAAGGACUAUUGAUUGUUUGCUUGGCCGUAUUGGCCUUAACCAGCGCUGCUGAUAAGGAAGAUAAAAAGGGCAAGAAGAGGAGUUUCCCAGCCUACUCAGGAUAUUCCUCAGGAUAUUCUGGUGCCGUACCAGCUGUCCAAUAUAACUCCGCUUCUCAAUUGUUCGGACAAUCCUCUUCCGUCUAUGGAGGUGGUUUGGACUCAUCUUCCCAACUUUUGGGUAGUGGAUAUGGCAGUGGAUAUGGCAGUGGAUACGGCAGUGGAUUUGGCAGUGGCAGUGGGGUUGAAAAUCUCAAUGUUCAGACUUAUUCUCAAGGUCUCCAAGGAUUGCAAGGAUUGCAAUCAUCCCAAGUACUAGGAGAAGGCCAAAGUUUCCAAUCUGGUCAAGCCUUUGAACAGGGCUAUUCCCAAGGAUUAGAAGGAUUGCAAGGAGUACAAGGAUUACAAGGAGUGCAAGGAGUACAAGGAUUACAAGGAUUCCAAGGAGUACAAGGAUUACAAUCAUCCCAAGUACUAGGAGAAGUCCAAGGUUUCCAAUCUGCUCAUGCUCAAUUGCCACUUGCACAGACCUAUUCUCAAGAAGUCCAACUGCCAGUUGUUCAAACUCAAUCAGUUCAAGCCCAAUUGCCAGCUGUACAAAGUUAUACUCAUGAACAACACGUACAUCCCACUCACAGCUACAACUACAUCAACAAGGCUGUACCUGUAUAUGUACCCAAACCAGUCCCCUAUGAAGUAACCAAGACCGUACAAGUACCAACUCCUUACAAAGUAACAGUACCAAAACCAUACGCUGUCCCUGUCCAAGUAAGAGUACCAGUAGAUGUACCCAAACCAUACGAAGUCAAAGUAGAACACAAAGUUCCAGUACCAGUACCCGAAAGAGUACCAGUAGAAAUUCCCAGACCAUACCCAGUCUACAAAACCAAGCAAGUCCGUGUUGAAGUAGAAAAGCCAGUAUACGUUAAAGAGAAAGUAGAAGUAAGAGUGCCAGUACCUAAACCAUACCCAGUUGAAGUACCAACUCCAGUUCACAUCAGAGUACCCCAAAGAAUCCUUCUUAAAGUACCACAAAUUGUUGGAGCUCACAAUCACGCUACCCCAUGUGAACACGCUGCUGCUGUCCAAGCUGGACGAGUGGUGAACAUCCCCAACUAUGUAUAUGGUCAAGGUCAAGCCUAUGGGCACAUGGAAGGACAGCAAAACCUCCUGGCUGGUCAAUCCCUAUCCGGACUCGAACAAUCAUCCUUUGGUCGUUCCUCUCUUGAGCAAGCAUCUUUCGGACAAUCCGUUUCAUCUGGUUUGCCAAGCCAAGCUUCUUUGGAACAAUCAUCAAUUGGACAAUCUCUUUCCAACAUCGCUGAACAAUCUUUGGCCAACAGCCAAGCUGCUUACGAUCAAUCCGUCCAAGGACUUGGAGACAACUCAAACUUAGGUUUCGGACAAGAAUCCUUCGGACAACAAUCUUUUGGAGCAAGCGAAGGAGUACAAUCUUUCGGAGAUGUGAACCAACAAGGUCUUCAAUCUUACGAAGAAUUCAGAAGAAGCCACCAAGGAGAAGGAGUUGUCAGUGUGGAAAAUGAAUCUGUUUCUGUAGAAUCUAAAACUGAUAACGGAGUAUCUGGAGGUAUUGGAAGCAUCUUCGAAUCUAGAUCUGGAUUCGUUGAAGGCAGAUCAGAAGAAACCGCUUCAGUAGAACCACAACCCGCUGCACCAGCUGCGGAAGUUAGCGCAACUAACGAACCAGCUAACGAAGUCGAACACAAUUCUGCUGAAGUUAAAGAAGAAUCAACUGUGCCUUCUGCAACAACCGAUAUUGUUUUCAUCCCUACACUACUGUCCCUCGCCCUUGACACUGUUCAAGGUGGAGGGCUGGGUGGUGUUCAUAACGACCUAAUUCCCCCAGUUCCAUCAGCCGUCUAUGGAGUUGGAUUUGGUCCAGGAGGAGGAGGAGGAGGAGGUAUUCAUGGAGGAAUAUCCGUUGGUCAUGGCUCGGGAGGAAUAGGAGGAGGAAUUAGUAUUGGCGGAGGAUUUGGUACAGGAGGUGGACCUGGUUUUGGAGGAAGUGGAUUUGGAGGAGGUCCAGGAUUUGGUGGUGGUCACGGAUUUGGUGGUGGUCCCGGACUUGGAGGUGGCCAUGGAUUUGAUGGAGGAUCUGGAUUUGGUGGUGGCCCUGGAUUUGGAGGUGGCGCUGGAUUUGGUGGACCAGGACUAGGAGGUUUUGGUGGAGCUAUUGACCCUGGAUUUGGUGGUGCUGGUCCUGACUUUGGAGGAGGACCAGGAUUAGGAGGAGGUUCAGGAGGUCCUCCAACUAUAAUAGAACAUACUGAACAUAUUAAUAUCGCAGUACCGAAGCCAGUACCCAUUCCAGUAGAUCGCCCAGUUCCAGUCCCAGUAGCAGUUCCCCACCCAGUACCAGUUCCUCGUCCAGUCAGAGUGGAGGUCCCGCAACCUGUAAAAGUAGUCGUUCCUAGACCAGUACCAGUACCAAUCCCCAAACCAUAUCCAGUACCAGUUACAGUCAAGGAAUACAUCAAAAUACCUACUCCCGUACACGUGACUGUACCAAAGCCUUAUCCAGUAUUUGUCCAUAAACAUGUUCAAGUAGGUGUUCCCCAUAAAGUUAUUGUUAAGGUGCCUGUAAAAGUUGAUCCACAUGGACAUGGACAUGGACAUGGUCAUUUUGGAGGAAACUUUGGAGGAAGCUUCGGAGGAGGUUUUGGUGGAGGUCAUGGAGGAGGAUUUGGUGGAGGUCAUGGAGGAGGAUUUGGUGGAGGUCAUGGAGGAGGAUUUGGUGGAGGUUUUGGAGGUGGAUAUGCUGGUGGAUAUGGACACUCUGGAGGAGGCAGCGCAGGAAUUAUUAUAGGCUCAAGUCAUGGGGGAGACUUUUCAGGAGGCGGUGGUUAUGGUGGUGGAUAUUCAGGAGGAUAUAAUUCUGGAUUUGGAGGUCAUCAUUCCAGCGGAUAUUCUAUAGGAGAGAGCACUUACACAACUGGAGGUGGAUAUGCAUCGGGUUAUGAUCACGGACAUUAUAGUCACCAACACGGAGGGGGAAGCCAAUAUGACAGUAACGGGGGUUACAAAUACUAACAGCAUUGUCUGUUGUUGAAUUGAUGUGGUAAUCUAGUCUUUUUGUUUUAAUUAUAGCAUUUAGGUAAUAAACUUAUUUUUUUAUA